AUGUCCAAAUUCACGCUACGCUGGGGUAUUCUCGCAACAGGAGGUAUCGCCGAGAGUUUCUCGAGAGACCUGACUGUCAACCCCGAAACUCGCAACGUCAAGGAUAUCCAGCAUGAGAUUGUUGCCGCAGCCAGCUCCAGCAGUGCCGACCGCGCCAGCGAAUUCCUGAAGAAGGUUGGCGCUCCGUCUUCAGCAAAGGGUUAUGGAUCAUAUGAAGAGCUGGUUGCCGACAAGAAUGUCGAUAUCAUCUAUGUCGCCACACCUCACUCGCACCACUACCAGAAUGCCAUGCUCUGUCUCGAGGCUGGCAAGAAUGUCCUCUGUGAGAAGGCCUUUACUGUCAAUGCUGCUCAGGCAAAGAAGCUGGCAGAAAAGGCAAAGGAGAAGAACUUGUUCCUGAUGGAGGCUGUGUGGACAAGAUACUUCCCUCUGUCAAUCUAUGUUCGCGAUGUCAUUACUUCCGGCAAGAUUGGAAAAGUCCACCGUACCUUUGCCGAUCUCUCCAUUGGCGCUCAGCCCGAGGAAGCCUUCGACAACUCGCACCGCAUGGUCAACCCCGACUUGGCCGGAGGUGCCCUUCUCGAUCUCGGCAUCUAUGCCUUGACCUGGGUCUUCCAAACCCUCUACCACACUCAACCCGAGUCCGCACGCAAGGCUCCCACUGUUGUCUCUUCGCUCAAGAAGUACCCCACUGGUGCCGACGAGAUGACCACUAUGCUGCUCACAUUCCCCCGCUCUCAAGAGCUCGGCGGUGACGCUCAUGGUAUUGCCACCACCGCUAUGCGCACAACUCCCGACCCAGACGGCAAAGGCAGCGCUGGCCCAGCCAUCCGCGUCCAAGGCGACAAGGGCGAAGUCCAAGUCUUCCACCCAGCCUUCCGCCCCACAAAGACCAAGCUCGUCCUCUCCGACGGCACUGUAGAAGAGAACGAAUUCAACCCUGAGGGCGAGGGUCACGGUAUGUUCUGGGAGGCUGAUGAGUGUGCGUUUGCCAUCAAGGAAGGUAGAAAGGAGGGCAAGUACGAGGGCUUGCAGGAGAGUAUCGUGAUCAUGGAGGUUAUGGAUGAAGUGCGCAAGCAGAACGGCAUGACCUACCCUGAGAAGAUUGAGACGACCAAAUACCCUACUCAGCUGUAA